CGCGGCUAUACUUUUUAUUCAUCUAAAGUUCUGAUAAUAGGAAAUAUUUGUCUGCCGCCCUCUAUUGUAUUUCUCUUCCUCUAAUAUUCUAAGAUGUCUGCGCCCAUGGUGAAUUUCAGUCUUAGAUACGAAAGUCACAAGAUGAUGGUAUUGGUAGUGAGAGUGUCAUGCAAGCACCUUCUAAGUCUUCGCUGCCUCCACUCAAGCACUUCUAUGAGUAAAUUUUAUUUGUAUGAUGAAGACAUAUAUCGCAGAAAACUUAUCAAAAGAAAGCCCUCUAAUCAAAUACAUAGGAGUAUAAUUUACCAAAGUGUUAGUCCAAUGUGCUACAAUAACAUCAUGAAAUGUUCAAGAAUGUCUUCAGGAGGGCCAAGUAUAUAUGCUAGAAAUUAUUCAUCUGAUGCACCAAGAACUGUCUACGAAAAUAUUUUAAACUCAGAGCCCGUUCAUCUUGCGCAGAGUGUCUUAGAAUACGGACACUCAAUUACAGGACUGCCAUGGUGGGCAAGUAUUGUUAUGACAACUCUCGCGCUUCGUCUUGUCAUGACGUUUCCUCUUUCGGUUUAUUCGCAACACAUUCGAGCAAAAAUUGAAAACUUGCAACCAGAAAUUAUGCAGAGUGCACGGAGAAUUUUCCAGCAGCGGUUUGCUGCUCAGGCAAAACAACAAAAGUGGAAUGAAAAAAGAAUGAAGGGUGUGAUAACUAAAUUGAUGCAGAGGUCAGCAAAGGAGUUAUAUAUCCGCGAUAACUGUCACCCAGCCAAGGGAAGCCUAAUGCUGUUGGUUCAAAUACCGCUUUGGAUAUGCGUCUCAUUAUCCCUGAGGAACAUGACAGGUGCUAUUGCAUCCAACUUCUUUAUAGAUCCAGCAUACCUUGUACCUGCGUUAUCAGAUGGUGGCACUUUAUGGUUUAGCAAUCUCGUUCUACCGGAUCCAUUCUGUGUUUUACCUGUGGCAGUUGGCAUUCUAAAUUUGAUGAAUGUUGAGAUACACACACUAACUGGUCGAAAAGCAACACGUUUCCAAGGAUACAUCACAAAUCUAUUUCGCGGGCUCUCUAUUUUGAUGAUACCUAUUGCAGCUUAUUUGCCAUCGGCUAUAUCCCUCUACUGGAUGACAUCUGCCAGCUAUAGUCUCGGUCAGAAUCUUUUCCUUAAGCUGCCAUCUGUUCGUCGUGUCGUGCGCAUCCCUUCGUCUGGCUCCGAUAGUGACACGCCAAUCCAAGACAUGAAAAGACAUCUUAAGCAAAAGUACUUUAAAAAAAAAACAACAGCAAGAACAUAAACAGCAACCAGAAUAAAAUUUAUAAUACAUUAAUGGUAACAUUAUUUAAAAUAAUUUUAUAAUAAAAUGAAAUAAUUAAACUUU